AUGUCUAAAAUAUUAUUUUUAUUAAAUAACCAAAGUGAAAUAACAUUGUUAGAUUUCACAAAUGAACCACCACCAAAUAAUAAUAAUGAUCAUAGUGCAGUUUCAACCAAGAAACUAACAUCUAUCGAUUGUCAAUCACUUAGUUACUCUUUCAACUCCACAGUAAAAGUAGGACAACAAAUUUUUAUAUUUGGUAGUCAAAAAGAGGAAUAUGAAAAUAAAUAUUUUAAAAUAUCAAUAGAGAAGAAAAACAAUAACAGCAGCAUUAAUAAUAAUGAUAUUUUUGAAUGUAAAGUUAUAGUUGGUGAUAUCAAUAAUAAUAUUGCUGGUGGUCGUGCCAUAUCGGUUUGUUAUGAUGGCGACGACUACAUCUAUUUGGUGUGUGGCGCGAGUAUUGCCAAUUCAUCGUAUCAUCAUCGAAUCGAUCGAUUCCAACUGAGCACUGCGAAAUUCGAGAAAUUCUUUGACAUCAAAGGCUGUGUCGAUACCGAUUACUUCUCGUUCCACUACGACGGAGCCAUUCACUCGCUGCCCGUGAAUGAAUCUAUUCUCUACGUAAUCGAUAUUCUCACGAAAUCAACGAUAGAAUACCAAUCGGAAGAUCUCUUUGAAAGAUUGAUUGGCGCGUGUAUCGAUGACAAUGGUAACAUCUAUAUGUAUUCGAAAUGUGGACAAUUCAAAAGAUUCAAUUUGAAAACAAAAGAAAUACAACCAUUAAAAGAGAAUCAAAUUGAAAUAAUUAGUAAUAAUAACUCUACCAAUAAUAUCAAUAUCAAUAAUAAUAAUAAUAAUGCAAAUGAUAAAUUAUCAUUAAUUUAUUGUCCAAUUUCAAACAAUGUAAAUAAUAAUAACAGUUUAAGAGGAAAUAUAUAUUUGAUGGGUGGAAGAAAGUUUAAAAAUUAUAAAUAUUCCAUUGAAGACAAUAACUGGACUCCAUUCUUUCAAGAUGAUGAAAGUGAAAGGUCAAAUUGUGGCUCUUGUUUUAUUACACUAUAA